UGUGACGGUGAAUGCAGUCAUUUAGUCGACGCUCACUCCUGCACUGCAUCACUCCUCUGCUGUGUCCUCUCAGAGCCACUGGUUCUUUUUUCACUAAAAAGGAUCACAACCAUUGUUUUUCAGUUUAAAUUCAACAUUUUUAACCACCUGAAUCUCCCUUUGUGGAUCGCUGCUUCUCACCUCAUGGGGCUGUGGAUUGUUGUGCUUACUUCAUUGCUGGGAGUCCUCCUUGGUCAAGGAGUGCAGCAGCUCUCUAUAGAUGACUGCUGCAAAGAUGGCCAGAGCCGUGCCAAUGAUAACCAAGCCUGUUCGACCCUCCCACUCAUCUCCGAAUCCCCGACAUGCAGAACCGUGCAGGAGCAGUGCUGUGUUGCAGUGCUUGAAGACAACAUGUGCACCACCGGCAUCACUGUGGCCAAAGACCAAGGAGCAUGCGAUUUCUUGUUCUCCAACACCUGUGAGACCAAGACCACCAAGAUGUGCUGCGACUGUUGCCUCCUGGCGAAGACAGGCCAGGAGCAGGGACUUCCAUGCGACCACAGUUUGUCUCUGGGCUACCAGUGCGGCCUGGUGUACCGUGCCUGCUGCGUGGAUGGAACGCCCGACAAUCAGACAGCGUCCACCGGUCAGACUGAACUGCCAAACAAAGACGAGACCACAGACACCGGAGACAACUCAGUAUUAAGUGAUGAGUGCAAUGGAAAAUGCGCUCAUAAUUGUGUGAGUAAUGAUACCUGCGGCUGCUUCAAAGGCUACAAACUGAAACCGGAUGGAAAGAGCUGCGAGGACAUUAAUGAGUGUUUGCUGGGCACAAGCAGCUGCCGAGCAGGACAGCGCUGCAUCAACAUCGACGGCUCUUUCCGCUGCCAGAGAGAGGUCAGCUGCGGAACCGGCUAUGAACUAACGGACGACAACAACUGCAAAGAUAUUGACGAGUGCGAGACCGGCAUCCAUAACUGUGGCCCAGAGUUUGAGUGCCAAAACACUCAGGGCUCAUUCCGUUGUCUCCCCAAGGUCAAAUGUGGUGCUGGUUUUAUCCAAGAUGCACUGGGCAGCUGCAUUGAUAUCAAUGAAUGCGUAAGCCAGACCGGCCCGUGCCAAAGGGGGCAGCUGUGUAUGAAUACAGUGGGCUCAUACGUCUGCCAGAGGAACUCCGUCAACUGCGGACGGGGCUACCACCUCAAUGACGACGGCACACACUGCAUUGACAUUGAUGAGUGCAAAGGCCCCGAAACAGUGUGCGCGGGUCACGACUGCAUCAACACAAUGGGCUCCUACCAUUGCAAGUGUAACAAUGGCUACAACUUCAACAGCAUCAGUCGCCUCUGUGAGGAUCUUAACGAAUGCAGGCACUACCCCGGACGCCUCUGUGCUCACAAGUGUGAGAACACACCGGGGUCCUACAAGUGCAGCUGCACCACAGGCUUCAAGUUGUCCAGGGAUGGCAGGAACUGUGACGAUUUAAACGAGUGUGAAAGUAACCCGUGCAGUCAAGAAUGUGCCAAUGUGUAUGGCUCCUACCAGUGUUACUGUCGCCGAGGUUACCAACUCAGUGACACUGACGGAGUGACGUGCGAAGAUAUAGACGAAUGUGCCCUGCCUACUGGAGGUCACAUCUGCUCCUACCGCUGCCACAACACCCCCGGAAGCUUCCACUGUUCCUGCCCCGUUAGCGGCUACACCUUAGCACCCAAUGGACGCGGCUGCCAAGAUAUUGAUGAAUGUGUGGCUGGGACACACACAUGCGCAGAGAACCAGAGCUGCUUCAACGUGCAAGGCGGAUUCCGCUGCCUGUCCUUCGAUUGCCCCAACAACUACCGCCGGGUUGGGGAAACUCGAUGUGAACGCUUGCUUUGCAAUGAGUCUGUCGAGUGCCUGGCCAUGCCGCUGAGAAUAACCUACUACCACCUCACCUUCCCCACCAACAUCCCCGUAUUCACCAACAUCUUCCGCAUGGGCCCCUCCCACAUGGUGCCGGGCGAAGACAUCCACAUCGCCAUCACUUCGGGCAACGAGGGCGGCUUCUUCAAGGCGGAGCAAGUCGCCGGCGGCGGCGUCAUGUCCGUGGCGAGGCUCUUCGACGGCCCGCAUGACUUUGAGCUGUCCGUGGAGCUGGGGUUGCGUCGCUACGGCACGCUCAGCACGUACUUGGCCAAAGUGAUGGUGUUCGUCACGCAGGACGAGCCCCGCGUUGUUUACAACCCGCUGCUCGAAUAAGAACAACAGCUCACCUAGGCUUGCUUGCGAUUUGUUAUCUUUACUGCGCUUUAAUCAGAGUUAAGACAUUUUCAGAGAAUAGGAAUUAUUACAAGAAAAAAGCUAUAUUAUAAGGAGAACAAAGUCGGACUUAUAAGAGACAUGCAGUAGUCGUAAUUCUACUAGAAUUAAGUCGAAAUAUUAAAAGAAAAAGUUGAAAUCUUAAGAGAAUGGUCAUAGUUUGGCGAGAAAUAUUUUUUACUUUACAAGAAUAAAGUCACCAUUUUCAGAGGAAAAAAAGUUCUAAUUUUGCUUGACUACAGCCGCAAUUUUACAGGAAAAAAUUUGCAAUUUUACAACAACGUCAUAAUUUUAAGCAAUAAAUUAGUAAUUUUUCCUUUUGCAAUGAUAAAGUACUAAUUUUACAAAAUAAAGGCAUACUUUUAGAAGAAUAAAGUUGUAAAAUGGUGAAAAAAGUUGCCAUUUCACAAGAAUAGUCGUUAUUUUAUAAGAAUAAAGUUGUAAUUUUUUUACGAGAGUACAGUCGGCGUAUGGCAAAAAAAGUUGCCCAAAAAAAGACGUAAUAUUUACGAGAAUGAAGUCAUAAUACGAUGAGAAUAAGUUGCCAUUUUCCAAGAAUAAAGUAUAAUUUCACGAGAAUAAAGUCUUAAUAUUACGAGAAAAGGUGGCACAUUUACCAGAAUACAAUUGUAAUUUUAUGAGAAUAGUCCAUCCAUCCAUUUUCCGCUUAUCCCCACAAGGGUCGUGGGCGUGCUGGAGACUAUCCCAGUUAUCUUCGGGCAGGAGGCGGGGUACACCCUGAACUGGUUGCCAACCUAUCGCAGAGCACACGUAAACAAACAACCAUUCACACUCACAUUCACACCUAAGGGCAAUUUAGAGUCUUCAAUUAACCUACCAUGCAUGUUUUUGGGAUGUGGGAGGAAACCAGAGUGCCCGAAGAAAACCCACGCAGGCACGGGGAGAACAUGCAAACUCCACACAGGCGGGGCCGGGAUUUGAACCCCAGUCCUCAGAACUGUGAGGGAGACGCUCUAACCAGUCGUCCACCGUGCCGCUAUGAGAAUUCAUUUUAUUUGAAUAAAGUCGUGGUACAAAAAAGUUGAAAUUCUGCAAGAACUAAGUCAGAUUUUUUUUUAGAAUAAAGUUGUAAUGAAGAAGAAAACCUCAACUUUUUGCAUGAACAAACUCCCGGUUUAAAAAAAAAAAAGUAAUUUUUUCGAGAAUAAAGUCAUACAUGACGGGAAAAAGUUGCAAUUUCGGAAGAAACAAGUUAGAAUCUUGCUUACAUAUAGUCAAAAUAUUUGAAAAAAAUAGUCAUAAUUUUACAAGGACAAAGUCGUAAUAUUACGGGAAAGUUUCAAUUUUAAGAGGAUGGUCAUAAUUUUCAAAGACUAAAGUUUUAACUUAACACAAAUAAAGUUGCAAUUUUAAGAUUUCCAGAGAAAAAAAAAUUACAUUCAUAAAGUUGUAAUAUUAUAAAAUCUUUUAAAAAACUCGAAGUAUUAAAAUAAAAAGUCAGAACAUAAAGAGAAUACAUACAUUUUCUAUGAGAUAAUGGUUCUGGUCGGCACGGUGGAAGACUGGUUAGAGCGUCUGCCUCACAGUUCUGAGGACCUGGGUUCAUUCCCCGGCCCCGCCUUUGUGGAGUUUGCAUGUUCUCCCCGUGCCUGCGUGGGUUUUCUCUGGCACUCCGGUUUCCUCCCACAUCCCAAAAACAUGCAUGGUAGGUUGUUUGUAUGUGCCCUGGGAUUGGCUGGCAACCACUUCAGGGUGUACCCCGCCGCCUGCCCGAAGAUAGCUGGGAUGGGCUCCAGCAGACCGCGACCCGCGUGAGGAGAAGCGGUUAAGAAAAUGGAUGGAUGGAUAAGUUCUGAUCAUAUAUUACCAAAACUAGUGAGAUUUCUAAAUGAAUUAAGUUGUAAUUUUAAGAGAAUUGUAUUUCAUUUUUAAAGAAAAAAAGUUGUAUUUUUAUAACAAAAAAGUCUUAACAUUGAAAGAAAAGAUUAAUCAAGUUAUAAUAUUACGAGACAAAAGUGUUAUUGCAAGAAUAAAGUAGACAUUUUAUUGUAAAAAAAAAAAAAAACAAUCUUAGAAGAAUAUAAUUUACCUUUUUCAAAUUUUGAAUUUUUUCACCGAAGUAUCAAUCAGGUUGAGCAUUUUUUUCUUUGUAAAGGCAGAUUUGGACACAAUUCAAGUAUUGUAUUGGAUUUCAUUGGAUUGUGUACCUCAAGUGUCCAAUGAGUGCAUUUUCGGGCGUAGUCCUUUUAUUGUUCUUAUCUAGUUAAGAUAACACAUCAUUAGCAACCAGAAAUAGCAGAUAAUCAUCACAUUGUAUAUAUUGUAAUCCAUGGUUGCUUCCUAUGAUUUUUAAAUAAAUUAGGUCCACUUGAAUCUAUCUUCUAAGAAGCAUGGCACAAAGAUCGCAUCUAGGUGGCGCACUAGGUCAAGGUAAAUCCUAAAACCAGUCGGUCUGUCUAGCCUACAACAUGGAGUACUUAGACUAUUGGUUGCAUGUUUAAAGUCUGAUUUAUAGUACUUGAUGGUUUAUGUGUUGGCUGAGCAGUUUUGUAAUAAAACAGAAAUAAGGCAAGUAAAGCACGCUCCUAUGUGAUGACGUCGGAUUAAAUUAAACACAGAAAAGUGGACCAGCGAGUCCAAAUCACAGUCGUCAUCGUUUAUCAUUUGAAAAUACAUUAGAAAAAUAUAUCUACAACCCCAAAUCUAAUGAAGUUGGGACGUUAUGUUAAACACAAAUAAAAACAGAAUACAAUGAUUUGCAAAUCAUGUUCAACCUAUAUUUAAUUGAAUACACUACAAAGACAAGAUAUUUAACGUUCAAACUGACAAACUUUAUUGUUUUUAACUUUGUUGGUUUUCAGCCUUGCCGCUUACAUGCAGUGAUUUUUCCAGAUUCUCUGAACCUUUUGAUGAUAUGUACCGCAGAUGAUGAAAUCCCUAAAUUCCUUGCAAUUGUACGUUGAGGAACAUUGUCCUUAAACUGUUCGACCAUUUUCUCACGGACUUGUUCACAAAGAGGUGAAGCUCGCCCCAUCUUUGCUUGUGAAUGACUGAGCAAUUCAGGGAAGCUUGUUUUAUACCCAAUCAUGUCACCCACCUGUUCCCAAUUAGCCUGUUCAACUGUGGGAUGUUCCAAACAGGUGUUUGAUGAGCAUUCCUGAACUUUCUCAGUCUUUUUUGCCACCCGUCCCAGCUUUUUUGGAACAUGUUGCAGCCAUAAAAUUCUAAGGUAAUGAUUAUUUGCUAAAAACAAUAAAGUUGAUCAGUUUGAAGAUUAAAUAGCUUGUCUUUGCAGUGUAUUCAAUUUAAUAUAGGUUGAACAUGAUUUGAAAAUCAUUGUAUUCUGUUUUUAUCUAUGUUUAACACAACGUCCCAACUUCAUUGGAAUUGGGGUUGUAUAUUCAGUCAACGGUACAGUAGAGAACUACAUUUAUUUUUACAUUUCUGAUGCCAUUCAUAUAGUCGCAUUCAAUAAAACCUUUAUGAACUGUC